AUGUCAACAACAACUCUUCGGCAAGUGCCCAUUACAUGCAAUGGUCAUACACGACCAGUGGUCGAUCUCCGCUUUAGUGAUGUGACUAAAUAUAGUUACUUCUUGAUAAGUGCUUGUAAAGACGGAAUACCCAUGUUACGCGAAGGUGAUACUGGCGAUUGGAUUGGUAGUUUUAUUGGUCAUAAAGGAGCAGUAUGGGGAGCAACAAUAUCAGGAAAUGCUGAAUUAGCUGCAACAGCUGGUUCAGAUUUCACCGCUAAAUUGUGGGAUGCGAAUACAGGCGCAGAACUACAAACAUUCGAACAUAAACACAUCGUUCGUUCGGUAGAUUUCUCAACAAUAAAUAAGGAAUGGUUAUUAACUGGAUCGAACGAAAAAGUGAUCAAGAUUUAUGAUGUAACUGCACCCGCAGAACCGGUGAAAGUCUUUAAUGGUCAUACAGGUGCCGUAAAAAAGGCCAUCUUUAUGGAUGCCAAACGCAUUUGCACAGCAUCUGAUGACAAGACUAUAAAAAUCUUUGAUAUUGACUCAGGAAAUUGCGUAUCAACGAUUGAUUUGCCUUCGCCACCUAAUAGUAUUGAAAUAUCACGCGAUAAUCAAGCAUCAUUGCUGAUCACUUAUGGAAAAAAAGUAGAAAUCUACGAUGGGAAUACUUUAAAUAAACUACAAUCAUUUGAAAUGCCAUGUGAAAUGAACACAGCUACAUUUCAUCCAACUGCAAGAGAAUUCGUUUGUGGUGGUCUAGAUUUCCGUAUAUACAAAUACAAUUUCGAAACAGGUGUAGAACUGGAAUCAUACAAAGGUCAUUUUGGUCCCAUUCAUUGCAUGUCAUAUUCACCGGAUGGAGAAGUUUAUGCGUCAGGAAGUGAAGAUGGAACAUUACGGUUAUGGCAAAAUACAGUUGGCAGUACUUAUGGUCUAUGGGAAAUGGUUGAUGUUUAA